UCUUUACGAUUAGUUGCUAGGAAGCUGUGUCCAAGCGACCUCCGCGAUGCGUUAGUCUUAUUAGUGUUGUUUUUUCCUCGUUGAAUAACCUGUUUGAUAGAAAUUUGAAUAAGGUUUAGGUAUUCGUGUAUUUUGAUUACCUAGGUAGUACGUCUGUUUCUUUUCGCAUAUUCGCAGCAUGUGAGCUGUGUUUCGACGAAUAGCCAGUACUGUCAUGCCUAUAAAUAACACGCGUUACCCUAUAAAAUAAUUACUACUUGCAAAUCGCCUCGAAGACGACCGCAUCAGAGAUUUUUCAUCUUAAAUACGUGAUUAACUGUCUGGCCGAUUGUAGUUUAUAAUCGGUUCGCAAAAUGUACGGUCCGUCGGUAGUGUCAGUUUUGGUGCUAGUAUCAUCAAUCGGUAUAGCAAUCGCAGCUACUACUUCGAAUCCGUCGACAGUAAAGUCGUCAUCUAGGUCGGCAGUGGCCAGCGCCAGAUCUGCGACAAAUAACAGCACUAGGAAGGUGGUAACAUUUCGGCAAAAUUUCGGAAGCGUUGAUGAACAAUGCACUUGUGUCGUCUUCCAUUUGUGUGACAAUGAUAAGGUAGUUAGUGUGCCGAAUGCCGAUGGUCAAGAACGAUGCAGCGGCGAUGAAGUCUGCUGUAAAGGAGAUUCGCCACCAGUGCCGCCACCAACAGACCCACCACCAACACCACCACCAUCAUCAACGGGAAUCAAUUGUAAUGAUGCUUGUAUUUGUGUGCCUUUCUGGCAAUGCAUCGAUUACCAAUUACUACCAGUAGUACCACAGACAGAUGAAGAGAACUUUGAAAAUGUAGCUAAUCCCAGAUUCCGCUGCGAGCCACCAGAUUUCUGUUGUCCACCAUGCAAUAUAAGUCGAAACACUACAUUGGUCACUGAUUUGACCACUAUUUCUCCCCCUACUCCUACUCCAUACAUAGACAUUCCAUCACAACCUUCAACGGAAGUGCGAUUACCUACGUCAACAGAAUCAGGUGCCGUUAGUCCCGUACCUACAGAACAAGAAUGUGGUGUCAGAGGAAAAACCUCCGUCCCCAACGAAGACAAUAUCGAUGAUAUAAUUAAUGCUGGCGUUAGAAUCCAAAAUAAAAAUGAAACCGGAGAUACGGAAUUUGGCGAGUUUCCAUGGAUGGUUGCAUUAUUCAAAACGAAUGAUUAUUCUACCAAUGGUGAAGUGAUCUGCGGAGCUUCUUUACUAUCUCCAUUUAUUGUUUUGACAGCUGCACAUUGCGUCAACAAAAUUGAUAUGCAUUCGUUGAGAGUUCGUGUUGGAGAAUACAACAUUGGUAGCGAUGAAAAAGAAACGCUUCCUCAUCAAGAUCGGACUGUAAAUGCUGUCCAUAUACAUCCAAAUUAUAAUCCCAAAAGAUUAUUCAACGAUCUGGCUUUACUAAGCGUUAAUGAACCAUUUGUUUAUGAUUCCCAUAUAAAUGGUAUUUGCGCACCAUUGGUUGGCACCCCUUAUGCUGAGAAACAUGCAUAUAACGCUAAAAGCUGUUGGGCCGCUGGUUGGGGAAAGGGUAAUUUCACUGACAAGACUAUACAACACAAGCUAAAGAAAGUUGAAUUACCCAUUGUGGAGUUUAAAAAUUGUCAAGAACGUUUACAGAAAACGAAGUUGGGCACAGGAUUCACCCUAGAUUCUAGCUUUUUAUGUGCUGGAGGACAAAAAGGAUUUGAUGCAUGCAAGGGCGACGGAGGUGGACCAUUAUUUUGCACUUCGCGAAAAAAUGAACAUAAAUUGAUCCAAGUCGGCGUCGUUUCAUGGGGCGUUGGAUGCGGCAAUGAUAUUCCCGGAAUUUAUGCAUCUUUAGAAGCAAACAGCGAAUGGCUUACUACUGAAAUCAACACCAUGUCUGUAUUCAGACCCGGAUCGUGAUUAUUUAUUCCACUUUUUUAUAUUUUUGUACUGUUUUUUAAAAUGAAAAUAACAAUUUUUAAACGUUU